AUGGCGCCACCUCUGGCGCUCCGCGCCUCUCAACCUCGAGUGCUCCGCUCCGUAUCCACCACCAUCCUGGCUGCCAAGAUCAACGGGUGUCAUUUCCCGGGCGAGAUCGUGCCGGCCAUGAAUUUCCCCAAUCUCAAGAAGCUCACCCUGUUUCACACUUCCAUCUCAGAGGACGUCUUGCACGCGCUGCUCUCCGGCUGCCAUGCCUUGGAGAGCUUAUACAUGGCCCAAGUUUCUGCUGCUGGUCGCCUCCGUGUUAGCUCGCCGACUCUUAGGACCAUUAUCUUCAGUCAUAGCUCUAGUGAAAUGCUGGAGAUAUUGGGCCCUUUCAUAGCCGCCGUCUCCAAUAUCCUACUCUUUCAGGUAGCGGGAAUAAGCCCGGUCGGCUCGGCAAACUCGAUGCGCACCGUCAAGGUUUUGGCUCUCAGAUCUUCUGCAGAUAAGUUGCAUGCGGUUCUUAACAUCCUCAGGUGGUUCCCCUGUCUCGAGAGGCUCCAUGUCACUUUUGGUAAACACCAUGAUAUGGAUCAGCAAAAUGAGCCUCAGCAUGACCCACUACAUCCAAUCGAAUGCCUUGAGACCCAUCUAAAAAAAGUGGUGUUUAAGCCAUUCGAGGGCUAUGGGAAACAGGUUGACUUUGCCAGGUUCUUUGUGUUGAAUGCAAAGGUGCUAGACAAAAUUGAAUUUGAAGCAUAUAAUCACUACGGCAUUGAAAUGGUGGGCUAUGAACACAAGCUGCUACAAGUGGAAAACAGAGCCUCUCGGCACGCUCGGUUUGUAUUCAAGACUAUUUCAUCCUGA